AGUCUCUCGACAUAAUUCAGACGCGACUGUCGUGUGCGUGUGUGAGAGAAGCGUGCGGCCGACUGGAAAAUUUCAUAAUAAAGUUAAACAGAAAGAAAAAUGAUUGCACAAAAUAUUAUCACAAAGUUGCGUCCCUGCGUUAGCCGCUUGGCGAGCACUAAAGCGAGUAGUGCACCCAAAUUCAACUGGCAGGAUCCGCUCAACUUGGAGAGUCAGCUGACCGAAGAGGAAAUUGCCAUUCGCGAUGCCUUCCGCGGCUAUUGCCAAUCGGAAUUGUUGCCGCGCGUCACUUUGGCCAAUCGCAAUGAGCAGUUCGAUAAGAAGAUUAUGGAGGAAAUUGGCAGCCUCGGUGUCUUGGGCUGCACACUCCAAGGCUACGGUUGUGCUGGCGUCUCCAGUGUUGCAUAUGGUCUGCUGACCCGCGAAGUAGAACGUGUGGAUUCUGCAUACCGAUCUGCGGUCAGUGUACAAAGCUCACUUGCAAUGGGCGCCAUAUACGACUAUGGAUCCGACGAACAAAAGCAAAAAUAUUUGCCCAGCAUGGCCCAGGGCAAAUUGAUAGGUGCAUUCGGACUGACUGAACCCAACCAUGGCAGCGAUCCCGGUGGCAUGGAAACCCGCGCCAAAUACGACAGCAAGACCAAGACAUACAUACUGAACGGAUCCAAAACUUGGAUCACCAGUGCACCCAUUGCCGAUGUCAUUAUUGUUUGGGCCAAGUGUGAAGAUGGCAAGCUGCGUGGAUUCAUUGUGGAUCGCAAACUCUCUGCCAAGGGUUUGGAUACACCCAAGAUUGAGGGCAAAUUCUCUUUGCGAGCUUCACCAACUGGCAUGAUCCUGAUGGAUGAUGUGCAUGUACCUGAGGAGCAGUUGCUGCCAAAUGCCCUGGGAUUCAGUGGACCCUUCAACUGCCUGAACAAUGCUCGUUACGGCAUCGCGUGGGGCGCCUUGGGUGCAGCUGAGGCCUGUGUGGCGAUCGGCCGUCAAUAUACCCUGGAUCGCAAGCAAUUCGGACGACCAUUGGCCGCAAAUCAGCUGAUACAAAAGAAACUCGCAGAUGCCACCACUGAGAUUGCCCUUGGACUUCAGUCGUGUUUGCAUGUAGGUCGCCUUAAGGAUCGCAAACUUCACACACCCGAAAUGAUUUCGUUGCUGAAGCGGAAUAAUGCGGGUAAAUCACUGGAGAUUGCUCGGCAUAUGAGGGACAUGCUGGGCGGCAAUGGCAUCAGUGAUGAGUAUCAUGUGAUCAGGCAUGUGAUGAAUCUUGAAUCAGUUAAUACCUACGAGGGAACUCAUGAUAUUCAUGCUUUGAUCUUGGGACGUGCUAUCACUGGAUUGGCAGCAUUUGCCAAUUAAGCAAACAAAUUGGAUUUACGAAAUCGGUUCAACGAAACAUUGCAUUUGUUUCUAGUUUUAAAAUGUAGCUAGCAAAACAAAAUCCUAUUAAAUGUUAAUUAAUUUUCAAGCAAAGACUAUAAUCAUUAAUGAAAAUAAAACUCUUUUAAUAUUUGA